AACAAAAAAGUCCAAGCCUCACAUCAAGCGGUGUUUAUACAAACAAUAUACAAUAUACAGUUCCAUAUACAAACAGUGUCAUGUAUAAGACAAAUAAUCUUGAAAUUUGAGAUCAUUCAAAAAACAAAUAAGGAACGAAAUAAGUAUAUUUUCAACAGACAAUGAUAAUAUUCAUAAAAGUGAGGUGAAUGUUUUUGACAUUAAUUCAUGUGCGCUAGGACCCCGCGGCUCGGCGCGCAGUCGGGAGAGGAAUGCGCGCACCGCGGCUGGAGCUCAAUGUGGUCGUGACAGGAUGGCAGAGUGUUGGAAUUAGGAUCGGGACCGUUAUUCACCGUUAAGCCACUAGUAACACCAAAAGGACAGAACGGAACGGAACUUUAUGACAAAUCCAAUGGCAUUAUUUUGUGCAAUACUCCAGGAAAAAAUGGACAAUAGCUACUUUUGGGAAUCGUAAUUUGGCUGCACACAAAACCAGGGGAGUUACAACUUAACACGUCACAAAAUUUUGAUUCAGAAAGGCGACGGAGUUUCUGCGCAUCAGUUAUUUGCGUGCGAAGUUUUAAAAACGCCUCAUAUUUCAAGAGGCAUUGCAUGUGUUCGUUUCAUUUGCGCACAUGGAGCACAAAAAAUAAGUUUGGGAAAGGUAACAUACUGGAUUUCUUUCUGUUGCAUCGAUGACAUGACUCCUUAAUUGUUUUAAUUGACAGUUUUACUACACUAUCCAGCUUGGUGAUCCAUCCAUUCACAGGUCGCGCGCAUUUAUCAAAUCGUUCAAAACGAAAGGAGUAUCAACCAACGUUUGGUUUAUUUAUACCGCCAUUCAUCACUGAUAAAUUUUAAGUUACUACCACAGAGAUAAACUACUUUGUAAUGUCAUGGGCUGAUCUGGGACAGCGCACUCGAUAGUGUGGGGGACAAUGUCGGGACCCUGCAUCCGCAUCCCGUUUUGGGUUCGUUUGUUUCUCCUGCUGUUCCUUCACAGCGGCGCACCGGAGGGCAGAGUCAUCGAGGGCUGUCCGGAGCUCCUCUCCAGCGGCUGCAGCUGCACGGAGGACCGCGCCAAAGCUCACCCCGCGCCCGGAGCCCGGAGGAAAGUGAGCUGCGUUGGCAAAGAGCUGACAGAGACUCCAGAAGUCAGUCUGCUGCCCAAUCGGACCGUUUCCCUAAAUCUAAGCAACAAUCGUAUCAGUGUUCUAAAAAAUGGCUCAUUCACCGGCUUGCACUCCCUUGAGAAACUGGAUCUCAGGAAUAAUCUGAUCAGCACCGUCAUGCCCGGAGCCUUUCUGGGUCUCACAGCUCUUCGAAAACUUGACCUAUCCAGUAACCGAAUUGGCUGUCUGAAUCCAGGAAUGUUCCAGGGACUUACCAACCUCACUAAAUUAAACAUCUCUGGAAACAUUUUUUCUACUUUGGAUCCUAAUGUCUUUCUGGAGUUGCAUUCUCUAAAGCUGGUGAACUUUCAUACGGAGUCCCUGUCAUGUGACUGCGGUCUGAAUUGGGUCCCCAGUUUCUUUCGAAGUGGGUCUGUUCGCCUUGGGGAUGAAACACUCUGCCAAUAUCCCAGAAGGCUUCAUAAUAAACCCCUUCGUUUGCUAAGAGAGAGUGAUCUCAGUUGUGAUGGUCCAUUGGAACUAGAGACCCUGUCUUUGUUGCCCUCGCUGAGGCAGGUCGUUUUUAAAGGGGACAGACUGCCUUUUCAUUGUACCUCUUCUUUGGUUGAUAAAAUGACUGCUCUACACUGGCAGCACAACGGUCGGCCUGUUACCAGUGACCCUACGCGUGGGGUUCAUCUUGAAGAGAGUGUACAACAUGACUGCACUUUCAUCACCAGUGAGCUGAUCCUGUCAAAUGUCCACCUUGAGGCAAGUGGUGAAUGGGAAUGUCUGGUGUCUACGGGCCGAGGGAAUGCCUCACGUAGUGUGGAGAUAGUGGUACUGGAGAAUAGCGCCUCCUUCUGUCCAGAGCAGAGAGUAACCAACAAUCGAGGGGAGUUUAGAUGGCCUAGAACUCUGGCUGGCAUUACCUCCUACCAAUACUGUUUACAGCUGCCCUACCCCUCCUUAACAGAAGCGGGCACUGUGGAGCAGAACAAAGCAUCACGCUACUGUGACCGUUCAGGACGCUGGGAAGAGGGCAACUACUCUCAAUGCCUCUAUACUAAUGACCUCACAAGGGUCCUACAUACAUUCAUACUGACGCCCAUCAACACUUCCAGCGCAUUGACACUGGCACGCCAGGUGCGUUUAAACACACUGCAAGCCGCAAGUUUCACAGACACUGUAGAUGUUCUCUAUGUGGCUCAGUUGAUGCAGAAAUUCAUGGACUAUGUCACAGAACUGCGUGAGCUUUCAGAAGUGUUGGUGGAAAUGGGCAGUAACCUGAUGCAGGUAGACGACCAGAUCUUGGUUCGGGCCCAGAGAGAGGAAAGAGCCUGCAGUUCAGUUGUGUAUUCACUGGAGACUCUCACUUGGCCACAGCUGCACUCUCACGCUCAGGAUCUUUCUAUCAUUUCUCGUAACAUUGUGAUGGAGGCUCACAUGAUUCGUCCUGCUCAUUUUACUGGGAUGAGCUGCACGGCCUAUCAGAGGAGAGAGGGGACUGGAGGGAGCCAGGUGCACGAUGGGAUAGAGCCAUCCCUCGAACAACAGCUACGCUUCCGAUGCACCACAGGAACACACAACACCUCAUUGAAUGCUUUUCCUCUUAAGAAUGCCGUGGCUCUUGCUUCAGUAUCUCUCCCCGCGUCUCUUUUCCCUCCCACUGCUCCUCCUGACUGUAAGCUGCAGUUUGUGGCAUUCCGCAGUGGAAGAUUCUUUCCAUUUACCGGAAAUUUCACCGGGCCUUCUGACCUUGCUCGCAGACGUGGUGUCAACACUCCAGUUAUCUAUGUUGGCCUUGACGGCUGCAGCAUGUGGCAUCAGUCAGAUCCCAUUAUUGUGUCACUACGACACACAUCACCUGGUAAUGACCCUGUUGCUGUUCACUGGAGCUUACAGGCCCUGGAGCAUCAUGGGAGUUGGAGUCCAGAUGGCUGUCAGCUGGCUCAUAGUGAUGCAUCCACUUCUACACUGCGUUGCUCUGUGCUUAGCAACUACGCUGUACUACAGGAAAUGCCAGAUUUCCCAGGAUCAAAUCCAGUUCCAGUGGAAGUUCUCCACCCUGUGAUCUACACCUGCACUGCGGUGCUGCUUCUCUGUCUCUUCACCAUCAUCAUCACCUAUAUACUGCACCACAGUUCAAUCCGAAUCACUAGGAAGAGUUGGCACACCCUCUUAAACACUUGCUUUCACAUCGCAAUGACAUCUGCAGUAUUCGCAGGAGGGAUCACGCUGACGGGAUACCCAAUUGUAUGCCAGGCAGUGGGGAUUGUUCUUCACUACUCCUCCUUAUCCACUUUAUUAUGGAUCGGGGUGAGUGCCAGAGUUAUCUAUAAAGAAGCCUUAUUGAGGUCUCCACAGCAACUAGAAAGUGAGACUGCUGUACAGCCGACCCAGCGGCCCAUGCUCAGGUUUUAUUUAAUAGCUGGUGGUGUCCCACUUAUUAUAUGCGGUAUUACUGCAGCAGUUAACAUCAAUAACUAUGGAGACAGCAUUUCCUACUGCUGGUUGGUGUUGCAACCCAGCAUAGGUGCUUUCUACAUUCCAGCUGGAUUGAUCAUUCUGGUGACAUGGAUCUACUUCCUGUGCACUGUUUUCUGCCUGAGGCACCAGAACUUCCAAAACGCCAAAGAUCCUCCUUGCUCCGCACUCGGACCUUUGCCGGAAAGCCAACCAGCACUAAGCGGCAGCACCAGUUUGCUGUCAACAGACUCUGCGGUGGGCCCGGUUCAUUCUGGGACGAUGGUGGAAGACCAGUACUCGUUGAAGGUACAGUGUUUGGCACUGGUGGCAACGCAGUUCGUGUUUGUAGGACUCUGGUGCUGUGGCGCUAUGGCAGUUUGGCAUGUUGAUAGAGAGCGUAACCUCUUCAGCUGUUUGUAUGGAGGAAUGGCGACUGGAUUAGGGAUUUUCUUGGUGAUUCAUCACUGUUUCAAGCGUUCGGAUGUCCAGGCAACAUGUCUAGGGUGUUGCCCUGGGUAUCCUCGAUCGGAACCAGUGCCGGCCUACACCCAUCCCUGUACUGCGACCGUAGGGGUCCAAAGUGCCUCAGACAGGGGCUCGCAACUUUUCGUAGGAUGUCAUCUGCCGACGGACCCCAACAAUUACUCUUCUUCUGCUAGGUCUUCAUCUACUCAAAGUGGAACUACUAGCAUCGGCGCCGGGCCUUGCAAACUGACCAACCUCCUGCAAGUGACGCAAGAGAACACGAACAACGCAUCCCGAGCGAAUACCAGCACGAGCGCAGAGAACAAUGGCAAUAAGCCCGCCAACAAUCUUCUGCCCAGUUUGACCAGCACCAUUCCCGCCCAGCAGCCUCAAAGGAAGAAGGCUUGUAGUAGAACCAAGGGUGGGAAUACUCAGUACCACCACAGAGGGGACGGCAGAGGACACUAUCGCCUUAAAGCUCUGCGAGCGGGUGCAGGAGGUAGUAUGGGUGCGUUAGGACCCUCGGGGACAGAGCAAAUCAAUAUACACCACCUACACAAACACGCUUCCAGUGAAAAUGGAAGUCUACGAAAUAGCCAUACAGAAAGCCAAAAUGGACUUUUGACCAAUGGCCGACACAGAGGGGAGGGACUUGCGACAAGCCCCUCGGAAGGUAGUGAUGGAGGUAGUAGUGGAAGUAGAAAGCCCUUCCCGCUGUUACCCUCAGCGUCAAGUAGGUUUGCCCUGCUGCAAAAUGCUCAGCGGCGCAGCGCAAGCAAAGACAAUCUUAAACUGGCCGCCGCGGCCGAAAGAGAUUCGAAGCGAAGCUCGUUUCCUCUGAACGUGGCAAACAUCACCGGGACGGUCACUCCGACGGCCUCUUUGUCAACUGUUUCGGCAUCAAAUGGAACAUUAAAGGGCUCUGUGAUAGAACUGGACGCUAGUGGGACGGACCAAUCACAAGGUUCGGUUGGAAUGAAGAGCAGGGUAUGGAAAAGCGAGACAACAGUAUAAUAUUAAAAAAGGAACAGUUAAAGACCCCAUACAAUCAAAAUGAGACCACCUACAUGCCAGUUGUCCAUAGCAUUGACAGAACACACGUCUAGAGAUAUACACAUUUAAAAUGUACGCUCUUUGUGUUCUUGGAAAAUGGACCAAAAAUAUUGAUGACUCAUCCUGCACUGGUAGAUUAUUGUCCAAUCAGAAUGCUACAUUGAUGGAUAUGCCCCUACCCCACAUUUUCAAACAAAAUACAGUGUGUGCUUUUUUUUAAAAGAAAGAAAAAACAAAGCUGUGUUCCUCAAGCAUUUUCGUGGGGUCUUUAAAGUUUCCUCAGUAUUUUUGGAGCCAAAGAGAAACAAUUGGCUCCUUUUAUGAUUUUACCUCCAGAAUUUAAGUUUUGAAACGUAAAACAUUCAAGAGCGGUUGUUGGAUAACAGUCACUUGUUUGCUGGCAAAGCUUUUAGUGGCUGUGGAUUUUGUUGUUUCAGAUAAAGGAAAUGAUAAGAAGUUACAUGGGGCUAUUUUUCACAUACCAUACAUUGUGUGCGUAUGCAAAACCUGACUCCUCUAUGUGUGGAUAAUCUGGUGUAACAAAAUAUGCAAUAUAUUUUUUUGUGCUUUCGUUUGUAAUACCAUCUAAUCUAACAAAUGAUUUAAAAUCAAUGAAUACCUUUUAGUUUUGAAUAUGCCAAUGGAUCUGAAUCUAAAGUUUUAAUCUUUAUGUUUCUGACUAUGCAUAUCAAUCAGGGUGGAUUUCAGGUCCAUCUGUGGACAGCUAUGCUUCUUGUAUGUAUGUGUGUGUAUGUUGUGUUUGUUUUUAUUCUCACUAUUUCAUUAAUGUGUCUGUAAGAAUGUACAUUAUGUGUUAAGUAUUGUUUGACCAUUACAGUAUUAAUUCAUCUUCAUUAAUCCUCAAGCACUAAGCAGCUCUUGGUAUCCUGUGGUCAGUCUGACACAAAUGUGGAUAACAAAGACUUCCCACAAAUAAGCAUCCAGUUCAAAAAUUCCAUCCAUGCAUGUGUACGUUAUGCUUUUUUAGAGAACAGCAAGCCUUUAGUUGGUUUGUGGUGCCCUCUACUGGGUUAUUUCUGCCAUUGAUCAAAUGCACUGAUAAUGAAUGCUGUCAUUGGACAAAUUAUAUCAACAAAGCUUUCAUAUUCGCUCAAUUGUUCCUGAUGGAUUUGAUGAAGAAGGACAUUUUUGUCCACAUUUAUUUUGUUGUAGUACCAUGUAUAACAUGGACUUUUUAAGCACUUGGUUCAGGCCCGGCUUCUCGUGGCUUAACCUAAUGGCCGAGACUAUGAAGAGAGUAUUAUACAUAUUCUUAUAAUUAAUGAUGUAUUUAUAUUAUACAUAUCAGUAUUAGUGUUUUUGUCUAAUACUAAUGCAAGUGUCAUUAUGCAAUUUAUGAUAUUCAGCAUUGUACAGUGGAUUUGUGGCCUUAUCAUUUUUUUUUUACAUUUUUAAUCUAAAAGCACAUACAUUAAAAGACUAUCAUACAUA